GAGGAUCAAGGCUCUUCGUGUAGUACAUCGUAGCAGCUUCACUAUACAUAUAUCUAUAUAUAAUUAUUUUUCCUCCCUGUUUCCUUCGUUGCGUGCGUUCUCUCGUGACUUGGGUGCGAGUGCACGUGGAGCAGCUGGCUUUGAAAGGAGAACUCGCUUCGUUACAAUUAACGUAUAUCAAGGCGGUCGGCGGCGCUCUGUGUGUGGUGAGGCGAAGAAGGAGAGACUGUGCGCUCCCGCUUUUUACGAUCUGUAGAGCACGCGCGUUCUCCAAUUCGUGGAAAUCUGCAGCGAGGGGUAAUUCCGUUCCUGUCCCGCAGAGCAAACGUUGUUGGAAUUGUAUAUAUAUAUAUAUAUAUAUAUAUUUAUAUUUAAGAGAAAUAACCUAUUUACGCAUACACAUCUGUCUCUGCGUUCUUUCAAUUGUAAGUUGCUCAUUUUAAGCAGCGGCAUCCACCGUGCUUUACUGCGCUGCUUCUCUUUUGCGUCUUUUCGUUUCUCAAUCCGGUCACUCUGUUUCGUGUCUUUCGCCAUGCCACACGUCGAGACGGCCUUUUCGGUUGCUGCGACAGACGUGCGGCUGCCGCCUACCGAUGUGUGGGCGGCGGAGGUGCUGGAACGCUGCGCCGCUGCGCAUUACAUACCGCAGAGGAAUCUGCUGAACGUCCUGGCACCCCUACCCUCUUCUUCUUCCACUACCGUGCAGAAGGCAGCAACGACGCAGGCACACGUGUUCAUCGACGUGGACGCUGAAGAGGACGCAGACGUGUUGUCCGCUUCGCCUUACCCUAACUCCCUCUCUGGCGGUGGUGGAAGCUCGUAUCAGCCCUAUCUCCCUCGCAUGGAACGGGCGGCCCCUACUACGGAAAUGCAGGCGGUGCGGGCAGCCCUCUCCUCCCCCCUCCUGCACAAGGCCUAUCACCUACAAAUCCCCUGUGUCAUGUCGCACUCUACAAAGGGCGAGCGGCUGCUGAAUUGUGCUGCGUCGCCGCGGUGUAUGUCAGGCCUGCGCACUCUUGCCGGCGACGCCGUAACGCGGGAGGACUGUCUGCGGGUGGUGAUGGGCGAUGGGCCGCGUGUGGUGAAGCUGCCAGUUCCAAGUCCCGGCGCUGCUGCUGCUGAUGCUGAAGAUGACGAUCCGCUUUCCUCCGUGAACGGCUCGGCGACUGGCAGUAGGAAAGGUGCGCGCGCGUCCUCCUCGGCAGCCGCUGCCACCGCAUCUGAUGAGCUGCGGGACUCGUCUGUGUCUUCUGCUGCUGCUGCAGCUCUCAGCACGGCGACGACGACAACGCGCACAGUGGUGGGCGACCCUGCUUUCCCCUGCCUCUGGCGUGGUGUGCGGAACUUGAUGAACACCUGCUACUUCAGCUCCGUGCUGCAGAUGGUGUUCAGCGUGGCGAGGCUGCGCCGUGCUAUUUUGAAUGACGGGGCUGCGGAACACGGCGCUCCUACUGGGACUGCUGCCGCGGGGGUUGCCAACACGCAGCUGGAGGAGUCAGGGUUGAAGGAGUUAUUCGCCUUGAUGGCCUUCAGUCGUGAAGGUGCAGGUGCAGACCCAAAGUCCUUCGCCUCUUACCUCUCCCUCGACGUCAAGGUGCAGCAGGACGCCCAAGAGUUCUUUACGUUGCUACUCGACUGGCUGCGCUGCCACUGCGGGCCUGCCGUGCAGACCGCCGUCACCGCCACCUUCGCCGGUACGCUGCUCUACGACCGCCGCUGCGGGGCCUGCGGGCGUUCGACCAAGCGUGCUGAGCCGUUUCUUUACCUUUCUCUCCCGGUGCGGUCGACGCUGGAGGACUCGCUGUCCGAGUACUCAAAGCCGGAGGAGGUGGACGGGUUUACGUGCGAGGGGUGCGGCAAGACGGCCGUCGCGACGUCGCGGCAGUAUAUUCGCACGCUGCCGGACGUGCUGGUGGUGCAUUGGAACCGGUUUGAGUUCGACCUGCAGACGCUGCAGCGGCACAAGGUGGCCACCGCCACCUCCUUCCCGCUGCAGCUCGACAUGGCCGCCUACGUGCGGCAGUGGCACGAGCACAAGCACCGCAACGCCGCACCCGUCAACAAGGCCAGCAGCGUAACGGCGACCACCCAACCUACCACCACAACGGCAGCGGCAUCGGCAGCUGGCACAGCGGGCGGCUCUGCCAGUGGAGGCCUGAAAGAGAACUUCUGCUAUGAGCUGCGUGGUGUAGUGAACCACCUCGGCGACACUGCCGUGUCCGGCCACUACACCUACCAUGGCAAGGUCUCAACCACCUCACCCGCGGCAUCGACGGUGGCGGCAUCCCAGCAGACGUGGUUGAACUUUAACGAUGCGGAGGUGACGACGCUGAACCGGUAUCAAGGCCAGCGCGGCGUGUCUGCGGAUGCGUACCUGCUCGUGUACCACCGCAUCACCCCUGCGCUUUCCACAAGCCCGCCCACGACAAGUGCAGCUCCUACAAAAUCCACCAGUGUCACCACUGGAUCCGCCGCGUCUGCGCUGGCGACGUCCCCCAGUGCCGUGCCCACGCCCGCUGAGUUUCCACUGUACCUUCGCCAGUACGUGGACCAGGUCAACCAGCGCUGCCUCGACGAACGCCAAGCUUGGCUGGGUCAGCGGGCACAGGUGGCCGCCUUCUACGAUCUUUGGGCCGCCACCGCACAGGCCGUCUUUGACGUGCCGACCUCCGCCUGGGCAUCGACGGUGGCGACCGGGUCAUCAACGACCACCACCGCUGCUGCGACGACGAUGCUGUACGCGCUGCCCACCGCGUGGCUGCAGCAGCUCGGCCGGUUGUUUCUACCAGCCUACGUGGACGUCGCCGCCCUCGGUGGUGGGGCAGAAUCGCAGCGGAAGAGGAAUAAGAACGACGCGGCGGAGGGCGUAGCCGGCGGGAGCGCGGGGAGCGGGGACAGAAACAACCACCACAACCGCAUGAAUGAACUUUCCGGUGCGGUUGGUGCCGCGCCGUCGACGGAGGAGGAGGAGAGUGCUGCGGCUUCUGACGACGCGCCCGCGGACGGUGUUGUGGUGGGGACAGUCUCCAUGGGUCCACGCCGUCACGGCUACAUCCAAUCCCUCGAAGAGAUCUACCAGUUGGUCCGCCAGCACUCCCUUCUGCAGGCCCUGCCCCCUCUCCUCUGCUUGCACGGCUACCUUGCACCGUGGGGUGCCUACAAACUUGUCUCGGCUGCGGCGUACACUAAACUGGCUCACUUCCUGCACGUGUGCGGCGCCCCGUUGAAGGCGGUCGGAUCAACGGCCAACAGCACGCAGAGCAGUGGUGCCGUGGAUGCGCAGACCAGCUGUGCCUUCGCUGAGUCGAACUUUUGCCCCUUGUGUGUGGCAGCGAUGGCGGCCACCGUUCACGGGAUGGCCGCUGCCGCGGCGGAGGAUGAGCAGGCGGAGCUGUGUCUGACGCAGGCAUGGCGCGACGCGGAGAGCAAGAAGGAGGCGGAAGAGGGCAACAUAUCAUCGGGUGGUGGUGAGGUGGAGGGAGGGCCUAAAAACGAAGCUGCACCGAACCUACAUCACAACAACAUGAACGGUACCAGCGACGCUGCUGCCGCGGCGGCGAAGGAGGAAGAUGAAGGCGGGUUGGUGCUGGUCAGUGAGACGGUUGUGGAGGGUUGGGCCUCCUACUAUGUCGCACAGGGUGCCUGGAGCCGCGUGCAGCAGACUGGCGGGUACACGGCGGUGGUGGUGAUGAAGGAGGCCCGCCUCAGCCCACCGCGCGCACCGUCCAGCACGCAUAACACGUUUCCCGGCAACUCGCGCGACAACAGUCGCAGCAGCGCCACCUCCCCCUCGCCGUCGCCCACGGGAGCUACCACGACGACCACCACCAUCUCCCCGACGCUCGCCUCCGCCGCCCCCACUCUGACGUCGGUGUUCAACGUGUUUAACGUCGACAAGGGGGAUCUGGACCUGUCCUCGCAGCUUCUGUGCCCGCACGGGGCCCUGCGUCCGGGUCAGCACGUGCUGGCAAUUCCUGCCCCGCUGCGGCGGUAUUGGAUACGGCGCUUUGCGGAGCUGCUCACGACGGCCCACCGCGCCGGCCAGCUGCGCACGGCUGACCCCGCAUGGCGAGCAACGGAGGGGGACGUGGAGCACUUCCUACUCCCCUACGUGCCCGCCUCGACGACCAGCACGACGUGUCUCGAGUGCAUGCGAACCAGCGUGCAGGCCCUCACCUCCCGCCACCACCAACGCCUCCGCAAGAUGGAGGAGCGCAAAAAGUUCCCGUCGCUGUGGCUCGCCGGGGCGAUGACCUCGCCUGCCGGUGUCGCGCAGCUGCUGCUCGCAACCGGGGCGGAAAACGAGGAGCAGCUGCUCGCUGCCCAGCACCCAAACCGCCUCUUCUUCAAGCACAACGCCGAGCGGGAGCAUCGGGAGUACGUGCGGAAGUGGACGGAGGCGCAGCAGGCCCGCAUCGCGCAUCAGGCGUCGGAGGUGACGCGCCUGCAGACCACCGUGGCGAAGAAGAGGGAGCACGACGCGGCGUGGGACGCGCGGGUGACGUCGCGGCGGGGCGGGCGAGGUGCGGGACGCGGCGGCGGCGGAGGCCGUGAUCUCAAGGCCCAUUCGACCGCGACGUCUCCUUCCCCGUCGCCCCCCGACCCGGAGACGCUGGAGGGCCGUCUCUUCUACGCGGAAGAGGCGCUGGCGCAGCUCCGUGCGCAGCCCGUUCCGGACUUCGAUGUGUCGUACGGGUGCGUGCCGACGUGGUGGGUGGCGCGGUGGUACGCCGCGAUGCAGGACGACGGACCCGCGUCGCCGUCCCCUGUUCCUGUCGUCGACCGCGGCGAGGGAGCGGGCAGUAAGGGGAAUGAGGAGGCGGAGGGCGGUGACGCCGCUGCCUCGACGAACCCGCUGCCGCCCAUUUCCUACCGUGCGUUUCUGUGCGAGCACGGCUGCUGCCUGCUGGAUGUGCCGUGGCUGAACCCGUCCGACGGCUUCUGGCAGGGGGUGCGGGGCAAGCGGGCGGACGUAUUGUGGAACGGCGUGCAGGUGGAGCGGGCCACCGUGGCGCAGCAGCACGAUGCGCCGAAGGGCAAGGGUGUCUCCGCUGCGUCCUCCUCCGCUUCUGCUGCUGUGGCGGAGAGUGGUCCGGGGAAGGCGGAGUACCGCAGUCAGUGUUGGCUGCCGCCGCUGGUGAUUCUGCCCAUGGAAGAGUACCUGACGUUGCUGGCGCAGUACGUGACUCCAACCCCGCCCGAGACGCCGCUGGGCAACGGGCCCCGAGCAGCGGAGGAAAGUGUCGACGGGAAGCCCACGACGAAGGAGCAAACGUCUUUUGAAGCCACCAGCGCGGGUGGUGCCGCACCGUCCGCCCAGCGUUCACCCCCGUCUCUGUCCGCGGCGACGAUUCAAGUUGUGAUGCACAACGGCGUGCGUCAGCUGCAGCCCGCACCGUGCGCCGCCUGCUGUGCGAAGCUGUUGGCGAGCUUCGAGGUGAACUGCGAGUCUUUUGUGAACGGGUCGCUGAAGCUGAACUUCCACGUGCGGAAGAGCCGCAAGAACUUUUACGACGCAUCGAGUGUGCUGACCUCCGCGGCGGUGCAGCAGAGCAAGGCGAGCGAGGUGUCGGCGGCGACUGCCUCUGCUGCUGCUUCUUCGGCUCCGCUUCCGCACGGCAGAUACGCAGGGGCGCCGCCUGCGGUUCUGGACGACGAUGACACGGAGGAAAGCAAUGAUCCACACAACAUCAAGGCGACGGCUUCAGCCACUGCUGCUGCCGCCGAUCACACGGCAAAGGGGGAUGCCAUUCCAGAUGGCAUUCAUUACUACACCACGCUCGCCCAGCUCCGCACCUACAUCAGCGCCCACCUCCGCGAGAAGCACGGCUACCUGGUGCCACCGGAGGAGCUUCAAAUUACGCGCGGCAAGAACAAACCGCUGAAGCUGCGGACCCCACCGUCGCAGGAGACCACCGGCAACGCGGCAGAGGGGACGGAGGAGUCGAGUGCGCUUGAGCACGCCUCGCUGCAGGAGCUCGGCAUAAAGGACGGCGAAGCCCUUUCCGUGCAGUCCGUCGACAACAUCGCACCCGUCUGCGCCACCGCCCCGGGCGUGGACGAGGAGUGGGAGGCGAUUCCGCCGGAGCUGCUGCAGGCUGGUGGGGCAGCGGGCGUGGGCCAGGGUGGAGAACACGGUGCGGCAGCCGCGAAAGAGCACUCUGCUGCUUUCCGGGAGACUCGUCUGCAGGGCCGUCACGCGGUGGGGCGUAGCGAUGCGAGCGGCGCUGCAGCCGAGACAUCAGCUCCUUCGUCUUCUUCUGCUGCUCCGGCUUCUGGCACGGCGCUCUCAAGUGCUGUGACGGGGACAACGGCGGGUGUGCCGGGCGCUGCAAGCGUGGAGCAGCCCGUGGCCUGUGCGGUGUGCACCUUUCUGAAUGCGCCUGGCAUGGUGGUGUGUGAGAUGUGCGAGGCGCCGCUGCCUUCCCGGUAA